UCAGCGCCUAGGUUCUUGAAGGUUCAGACCAUGGAGACCGAGUCACUACUUCCCCGAGUGAAAAAAACAGCACUUACUCUCCUAAAACUCCCCCUCCUCUUUCUGCUGCUCUACAUCUUUAUUUGCUCACUUGACAUUUUGAGCUCUGCCUUUCAACUUGUAGGAGGAAGGGCAGCUGGGGAAAUCUUCCAGAAAAAUGCUAUCCUGUCUAACCCAGUGGCUGGCAUGGUGGUGGGGAUUCUGGUGACAGUCUUAGUCCAGAGCUCUUCCACAUCGACCUCCAUCGCAGUCAGCUUGGUGUCCUCUGGUUUGCUGGAAGUGCAGUCAGCCAUUCCCAUUAUCAUGGGAGCCAACAUCGGAACAUCAGUCACCAACACUAUUGUUGCUUUAAUGCAGGUUGGACACAGGGAAGAGUUUGAAAGGGCAUUUGCUGGAGCAACAGUUCAUGACUGCUUUAACUGGUUGUCGGUUGCGGUGCUUCUCCCUCUGGAAGUCAUUAGUGGAGUGUUAAGGCACCUGUCACAGGCUAUAGUCAACAUCCUUCAGCUGAGACGCGGAGAUGAUGCGCCUGAACUUCUGAAAGUUCUCACUAAGCCGCUGACUAAAUUGGUAAUCCAGUUGGACAAAUCAGUGCUUACAGCUCUGGCCACAGACGACCAAAUUCAGACCAACAGGAGUAUGGUGAAGCGUUGGUGUAAAUCUGCUGUUACGAAGGAGAACAAAACAUUGUGGGGAGCACAGAACCUUUCCAGAAAAACAUAUAAAUGUAAGCAUCUGUUCGCGGACUCCUCCCUGUCAGACUUGGCCAUCGGUCUCAUCCUGCUGGUCUGCUCCUUGUUAGUCCUCUGUGUCAGCCUCUUACUGCUGGUCAAACUGUUGAACUCCCUGCUAAGGGGCCAACUGGCAAAUGUUAUAAACAAAAUCAUUAACACAGAUUUUCCUCCCCCUUUUACCUGGGUGACAGGUUAUCUGGCUCUGUUAGCUGGAGCUGGCCUGACAUUCUUGAUCCAGAGUAGUUCUGUUUUCACAUCUGCCAUUACACCACUCAUAGGGGUUGGUGUGAUUAGUAUUGAAAGGGCUUACCCUUUGACCCUGGGGUCCAACCUUGGAACCACGGGUACAGCUCUGUUAGCAGCCCUGGCUAGUCGUGCCGAUAAGUUAGCUGCUGCCACACAGGUUGCCUUAUGCCACUUUUUCUUCAACCUCUUUGGUAUCCUCCUUUGGUAUCCGAUACCAGCCACUCGUUUACCCAUACGACUGGCCACUGCACUCGGAAAGUGCACUGCCAGGUACCGCUGGUUUGCUGUCCUCUACCUCGUCCUGUUUUUCCUGCUGUUCCCUUUGGUGGUGUUUGCUCUCUCCAUGGCUGGCUGGAAGGUGUUGACUGGAAUUGGUGUACCAGUCAUGAUAUUGACUAUAUCUGUAAUAAUGAUAAACGUCCUCCAAGCACAGAGGCCUGAGUUUUUGCCGCCAAUACUGCAGAACUGGAACUUUCUUCCUGUUUGGCUCACUUCACUGCAGCCAUGGGAUAACCUCAUUACCAGGGUGACUCUUUGGUGUGGACAAACCAGAGGGUGUCUAAGGAGAAAUGAUGGGCCAGACGCCAGUGGAAGAGGAGAAUGGAAGGAGAACGUGGACUCCAAAGAGCCUGAUGAGAGCCAAAUAAACCAAACAAAACAAUAUAACCGUAGUAGUUGGGUAUUAAAACGCAAUGAGGAAAGCAGAACAAAGAAAUCAACAAGGAGUUUGACUUCAGAAAACAACAUGCCAAACUAUGAGAAACACACAGACUUUCAGAAUUGGUCCACCAAACUUUAAAUCACUCACUUAUUGUGUUCCCAAGAGCCAGCUUC